UUACGUACUCAAAUUUUUAUUUUCAGAAACCUUUCACAAGAUGACCUAAGUUUAAAAGGGUUUUGAGGGGGAAUUGUAUAGAAACUUAAUUCCGAAUACAACAUUAGUUUUUGGAUUGGAUCAGAUGGGUGAUGAGAAAGUUGUACUAGGAGGAGGUGGACUGGAGGCUCGGGCAGGAGGAAGUCUGGUGGAUCAAGAUAAAGUUGGGUCAAUGCAGUUCGGAAACCAGGAGGAGAAUAAACCUAAUCAGAAAUCAAGACUGAAGGUUACAAUUAAAAGCUGGAACGGAGUAGCUGUUUGGAAAUGGUUGGCAAACGAUGACACCUGUGGGAUAUGCAGAUUCCCUUUCCACGGCUGUUGUCCUGAUUGUAAAUAUGCAGGUGAUGAUUGUCCUCUAGUAUGGGGAGAAUGUACUCACUGCUUCCAUAUCCACUGUAUUCUCAAAUGGUUGGAUACUCAACCCAACCAGCACUUAUGCCCCAUGUGUAGAGGAGAAUGGAAGUUUCAAGAAUCAUCAUGAGGCUGUUUGCUUUAGCAAUGUGUUUAACGUUUGUGAUUAGUGAACCAGACUUUGAAAAAGAAAUUAAUGGCAUCUGUGCUAAUGGA